AUGGUUGUCAAAGUAUACAUGAGUGGUAUUUCUGGUAACAAGGAGGUAAAAAAGAGACAACAACGUGUAUUGAUGAUCUUAGAUUCAAAAAAUAUCAAAUACGAGAUUAUUGACAUAACGGAGCCCGGUAGAGAAACUGAUAAAGAUUUCAUGCAAAACAAUGCUAAGUCUAACGGCGGCACUGUAAGUGACCCUAACCCACGUUCUCCACUGCCUCCACAAUUGUUUAACGAUGAAGAAUACUGUGGGGACUACGACCAGUUUGAUAUGGCCAAUGAAGUUGAUACACUAGAACAGUUUUUGAAAUUGGAACUUCCUCCAGAGGGACCAUCACAGACUGAGAAGGAAACUGCAGUCAAUGGUCAUGUUGAUGGAGGUAAGGCCAGUAAAGAAUCAAAGGAAAACUCACAAGAAAGAGAAACAUUGUUUUCCAAUGAAACUGGAGAAAAAGAAGUCUCUCCUUCUAAAGAUGAAUCUACCGUCAAAGCAAGUUCACCCACAAGGGAAACGACACCAUCAAGAGAAGAAACAUCUGAAGCACCGACCUCAGUUGAAAAUGACGAACACACUGAAGUAAGAGCAGAUUCCCCAGCAAAUGAAACCUCACUUGAGAAAGAAAAAUCGCCAGAGCGACAAAAGUCGGUGGAUAAAGAGAAGUCACCUAUGGGAGAUGAAGAAAUAGCACAAAACGCCAAUGAAAGUGAAGAAGCACCCAAUGGUGCAGUAAGUUCUCGUGAACAAUCUGAAGAAAAAGAAGCUGUUGAAGAGCAAACAGGUAAAGCUGAAAGGAAAAUGGAUGAUCCAUCUAUAGCUCUCAUUCAGAGUGAGCAAGCUGCUGCCGAGUAA